AAAUUUCAAAUGGAUAAGAAAUGUUGGAGGCCAACAAUGGCAGAGAGUAAAAUAUUGGAAAUCCACGAGGAAAAAGGAGCACCUACUUCUACUUCCAUCCAAAAAUGGGCCCAUAAUCUAAACGCUUUUCCCCUUCUCUCACACCAACCAUGGUUUGCUCUUCCUCUUCUUCAUACAAAUCCCUGACCUUACUCUUCAAUUUCCUUCUCCUAUCUCACCCUUUGCAUUGAAUCUAUCUUCUCUUUAUCAACUUUACCAUUUUUAGUUUUUCAAGAUCCAAACUAUUCCCCUUUUCCCCCUUUUCUUCGUUUGAGUUGCAAUUCACCAUUUCCCAUCUGGGUAUUCUCUUCGUUAUUGCAAAGACUGUUCAAUCCGAGUCGAAGGUGCAUUUGGAGUCUGGGUAUCGACCAAAUUAAGCUAUUUCUUUAUGGGUUUGUUAAAAUUUGAGCUUUUAGUGGUGGGUUUUAAUUUUGGUGAUGUGGUUCAUUAGGUAUCUUCGUGAAUUUUAUGUAAAAUUGUGUUGUUAUUAUUAUUUUGGUUGAAACUUUGACAUAGAAAACAAAAUAAAUGAAGAGAGGAAAAGAUGAUGAGAAGAAUAUGGAGCCUAUGUUCCCUAGGCUUCAUGUUAAUGAUACAGAGAAAGGAGGGCCGAGGGCUCCUCCAAGGAAUAAGAUGGCCCUUUAUGAACAGCUAAGUAUUCCCUCACAGAGGUUUAACCCUGGCCUCUUGCCUCAUAACACAAGUAAUUCAGGCAGUUUGGUUCCUCCUACUUCCACAAGCCAGGGAAGUAGCCUUCAAAAUAUGCUUUUUCCAUCUCAUGUAUCGCAUUUGACAUCUACUAAUCAGGCUGAGAAGAUUCAUACAGGCCAGCAUGGAGGAGCAAGUGUAAAUGCUCCUAUGGCACGCCUUGAACCGAGAAAGAAAGUUAGAGAUGAAGAUGAUUUCUUGGUUCCUGUUUUUGUUAAUUCAGAGACAGGUCUACAACAUAGCAAAAAUAAGGAAGGGUUUGAUGGGGGAAAAGCCCGUAAUGUUCAUGAUAAUGAUCCAAAUCGGUGUAGCUCUUCUGGUGUCGGUUCAAGAAAGGAGGUAAGAGAUCAGAGUGAAGGGAGCUUGCAAGCAUGCUCAAGUAGGGAGCGUUCAAUAAAAACUGCUGGAGGUUCAUCAACUAGAGAAAACAUUGAUGGAUGUGCCAAAGAGUUCAAUGUGUCCCCUGAUCAAGGUUGUGGAGAGAUUCCAGCAUCUAGAUUAAGUGGAUCGCAUGAAAAUGAUGCUUGCUUGGUAGAAAAGUUGAGAGCUGGCAGACAACCGGUUGAUAAUGGAUGUACUGAUGAUGAUGUUGCCUUGGUGAAAGUGAUUGGUGACGGAACUCUUUCUCGGAAGAGAAGCCUGUCUAAUUCAGAGAGGAAUCACAGUGUUCCUGAUGAAACUAGUAAUGACAGUGAAUGCCAUGAAGACAGGACUUAUGGCUCACUGCAGUGGGCAAAUGUAGAUAAAAGCGAUGAUGUCUCUGAGACUUCUGUGGUGGAUACUGCAUCAGGCUUGGAAAUCUCUCCUGAUGACGUGGUGGGAAUAAUAGGUCAGAAGCGUUUCUGGAAAGCAAGAAGAGCGAUUGCUAAUCAACAAAGAGUAUUUGCUGUACAAGUGUUUGAGCUACAUAGGCUGAUUAAGGUUCAGAGAUUAAUUGCUGGAUUGCCACAUCUCUUGCUUGAGGAUACUGCAUAUUUGAGCAAACCCUCUUACAAAGACUCUCCUGGGAAGAAGCUUCCACCAGAGUUAAUUGUAAAACCAGUGCCCCAAAAUAAGCUCAAAGAUGAAGCUGAGAAGCUAAGUCAUAAGAUGGAAUGUUCAGCAGAAAAUGCUGUUGGUAGGACAUCCCUCUCUUCUGUGAAAAAUGGUAGUCAGCCUUCAAAUAAUGGGCCUUUCCUCGGAAAUCCACCACCUUCACCAGCUAAUGGUGAUAACAAAAUGAACCCUUGGUGUUUCAAUCAAAUGCUCAGGCACCAGUGGCUGGUCCCUGUCAUGUCCCCCUCUGAAGGGCUGAUAUACAAGCCCUAUCCAGGACCUGGAUUCAUGGGAUCUGCUUGUGGAGGCUGUGGACCUUUUGGACAAAACCCAAUGACUGGAAACUUCAUGACAUCAGCUUACGGAGCUCAAGCUCCUCCUCAUCAAGGACUUGGGGUUCUACCUGGCACUCCUUUAGUCGGUCACUCUUACUUUCCUCAUCAUGGUAUGCCAGUCAUGAACCCAGCAUUCUCAGGUUCUUCCAUGGAACAGAUGAACCAAUUUGCUGGAGCAGGGUCCCAUGCCCAAAGUGGCCAGUUAUCUGGAAAUGGAGCUAACUUUAACAUGCAGCAACAAAGUUCAUCUAAUCUGCCGAGUAAGAAGAAUGUUGCUAUUCCUCCUGUUGUGAAGUUUCAGGCAUCUAAAGACACCGAGCAACAAAGAUGUACAGCAAGCAGUCCAGGUGAGAGAGCAGAGAAAAACAGGACCUGUAAUACUGCUGAAGGAAAAAAUACACCUCUUAUCCUUACAGCUCCGGCCAAUCCACAGGGAGCCUUGAAGCCUAACGAAACUGACCAGAGGACAAGGGUAAUACGGGUUGUGCCUCAUAAUCCAAGAUCAGCCACCGAAUCAGCAGCACGUAUUUUCCAAUCUAUACAAAAAGAGAGAAAGCGACGGGACUAAGAUGAGCUUGUUUUACAUAUCAAACAAACCAUUACCGGUAAAUCAUCUUGGACUCCAUCUACCUAUGUGUGCUGCUUGAACAGUAUUAUCUCUUACUUUUUGGUGUAACAUGUUCUUGCAUAUUUUCUGGUUAUAGUCUAUUCAUAUGUAAAUAUAUGUUGAGAGAUUACAAGUCAAUGUAAUAUAAAUUUUGUUUCAACUUUGCAUUUUAGGCUGAUUCAAGAACCUUGUAUGACAAACAUAAGCUCCUUGAACAUGUUGGUAUGAUUAUAAUAUCUGAUGGCUUCUUUUGAUUGA